AUGUACAUUGGGAUUGCAGUCUACUGGCUGACCUUACUAGUCUUUCGACGGCAGACACGGGUUUUCCUGGACAUCGCCUGCAUUGACCAGCAAGACUCCAAGUUGAAGUUUGAAGGGCUUGUCAGCAUGGGCGCUGUCAUCAAACGCUCCCAGAGCAUGUUGGUGCUGUGGGACUCCACAUACGUGAAGCGACUGUGGUGCAUCUUUGAACUCGGAGCCUUCCUACAUACCCAUGACAUGAGCGCUCUCAAGGUUUGUCCCACUUAUUUGGGACCUGUAGUCAUGGGGUCGAAUGUUGCCCUCACUCUGGUGAUGGUGCUGUCCCGGUCCGUCUCAGAUGAAGACGCUUGGAUUUUCAUGUCGGUCGUGGCGGCUUUGAGCCUCCCCUGCUUUACGCUGAUGGCGUCCUCGGCCAGAGCAUACUACAGAAGUAUCAGUACGAUGGAUCAGCAGUUAAGCCAGUUCUCGCCUGCAUUGGUUGACAGCUCCUGCUGCCAGUGUGGCCAUGAGGACGGUAGCCUUUGCGACCGUAAGAUCAUUCUCCGAUCCUCGUUUGCAUGUUGUGUUGCUCAAGAACCCAUUUCCACAUUGCACACAGAUUUUGGUGCAUUACGGGGGCAAAUCUUGCAGAGAGUUCGGGCUUCAGGCUUUUAUGGUGGAUUGCAUUCUAGAAGCCGUGUGCUGGACGCGUGUGUGACGAGUUCAGUCAACCCUAAAAGGGUGUGGGGGUUCAGACUGGAGGGCUUUUUGCCAUGA